AUGGCUCAAGCACCUCAUGUCACCGGCUAUGAACACGAAGACGCCUGGGAUGUGGAUUGGCUGCGCGUCGACGAUAUCCAUGAACUACACUAUCAACAGUUUGGCAAGAAGGAUGGAAAGCCUGUCAUUUUCCUCCAUGGGGGGCCAGGUGGCAACUGUUCCAAAUCCAACACCGUCUUCUUCAACCCCUCUGAGUAUCGAGUGAUUUUGCUCGACCAGCGAGGCUGUGGUCAAUCGCGCCCUAAUGCCAACACCACAAACAACACUACCUGGCACCUCGUCGCCGACGUUGAAGUCCUGCGUAAACAUCUCAGCAUCUCCAAAUGGCACACAGUCUUCGGUGGCUCUUGGGGCUCCACUCUCGCUCUGGCCUAUGCACAAACACACCCCGAAAGUGUAGGUAGUUUAGUUCUGCGCGGCAUAUUCACUGUGCGCGAUAUCGAGCUCCACUGGACGAAUCACCCAGGCGGCGUUCAAAUGCUGUUUCCUGACUGUUGGGACGAAUUCAUCAACUUCCUUCCAGAGGAGGAACGCUCGGAUCAUAUUGGCAAUUACCACAAACGCCUUAUGUCUUCUGACCCUUCGAUAAGUCACCCUGCAGCCACUGCAUGGAACAAAUGGGAGCUUUCAAUCAGCACUCUAUACCCGGACCCCAAUGCAUUCAAGAAACUUCAAGACCCGGCUUAUCUGCUAGCGCACGCAAGGCUCGAGAUCCAUUACUUCACCAACAAAGCGUGGCUGGAAGACGGGCAAUUGCUGAAGAAGGAGAAUGUUGAUCGUAUCAGGAACAUUCCGGCAACAAUCGUGCAGGGGAGAUACGAUGUCGUCUGCCCGCCGAUCACGGCGUGGAACUUGCACAAGGAGUGGCCGGAGAGUAAGCUGCAUUUUGUAGACGAUGCAGGACAUAGUGCUAUGGAGCCUGGGACGAGGAAGAAGCUAACCGAAGUGUGCGACGAACCGCUUGCCAACCUUGGAAAGAAGCAGAAGACGGCUGCGGGCCCGCGGAAUCGAUGCAAACAGCACCAGCAGUCUUCAGUCGAGUUACCGAGUGCCCUCAAUGUGAGUGACGUAAUAUGGACUAUGGCCAUCACCCCCCUCUCAACUACGGCGCCACCACCCGAAGUUAUCGAUAAACAUGAACGGGCACGCGCAUACGAGAUCGCCGCAUAUCUCUCUGCCGCAUCGUUUCCGUUCCAGAUCCCAGAAGGGCCGCCCUCCGAUCCAGUCCCCAGCAGCGACAUAACCCUCAAUGCUCUCGCCCAGCAUGGCGUGCACAAGAUGGAUUGCGACCGCGCGUUCAUCUCCCUCAUCGAUAACCAAACCCAAUUCAUAUGCGCAGAGAUGACGAGACACCAGUCUCUUUCCAGCGCAGAUCCGACCGAUCCGUUGUUGCUGGGUACUUCUCGAAUCCCCCUCGAUUGGGGAGUAUGUCCUCACACCAUGUCCAUCUUCCAUGGACGAGCGGUAUCUUUGCCGGAUAGUCCGUAUAUUGUUGCCGACAGGUCCUACUUUUAUAUAAAAGACUUUCGCCGGAUUCCCACUUUCGCAAAGCGUCCGUUUGUGGCUGGGCAUCCAUACAUGGUGUCUUACCUUGAGAUACCACUAUUUGCAAUGUCUGGACAUAUAUUGGGAAGCUACUGCGUGGUGGACAACAAGGAAAGAGAUUUCCUCCAUCCAAAGUCGUUGAGUACUAUGCGGGAAGUCACUUCCGCCAUCAGUGCAUACUUAAACAUGAGACGCGUCGAAGCCUGUAAAUCGCGAGCAGCAAGCAUGAUGCAAGGUCUUCGCCAAUUCGUAGCUCCGGAUGAGCGCGAUGCACGCAAUGUGGUUCCAAAAUCUGUGGCCCCUGAACGUCCCAAGGCUCACACAGAUCCAUUCGAUCUUGAUGUCUUUAGUGCUACUACCCAAAGAGAAUCCAGUCCGCUAUCAUCUGGCAGUGCAACGACACGCAUCGCUGGUUCGGUGUACGAGCCAGCUUCCAUCGUUAUUUCUCCGCAAGACACUGAUUCGAGGAUGGACAAGCCUGACUUGUCCAUUCAGGUCGAAGAUCUCUUUGUAAGAGCUGCAAAUGACAUUGGCUAUGCCAUGGAUUUGGAUGGCCUUGUCUUCUUUGACACUGUUUCAGCCGGUAAACAUAGAGGUGGUCAGUCGAAAGAUACAGAGACAUCAUCGUCUCCAAACGACUCCUUUGCGACACCGCUCUCCUGCUAUCAGAGAAGCACCGCAGUGGGCCAGCAAUCAAGUUUGGAGCUGUCGCAGUCCCUCAUCCAACGCUUAACUACAAGGUACACUCGAGGGCAUGUCUUCGCUGUAGACGAACACGGCGUUAUCCAACACGGAGAUGGCAGCGAGCCAGACUACAGUCCCAAUUCUGUUGAGGAUAACGAAUGGACUGAUCUCUUCAAUUCUUUGCCAAAGACGCGAUAUGCGAUUUUCCUGCCGAUGUGGCAUUACCAAAGAGAAGCCUGCUAUGCUACAUGUCUAGCAUGGGUAUCUGACACUGGAAAAACCCUCGAUACUGGUGACGUCAAUUCUUUAACAGCUUUCGGAAACUCGCUCAUGGCCGAAGUCUUCCGAUUAGAAGCUUCGGCAAAUACUCUAUCCAAGUCGGACUUUGUUUCGACUAUAAGCCACGAGCUACGUAGUCCAUUGCAUGGCAUAUUAGCGAGUAUUGAGUUGAUCCAAGAAAACAUGCAGGGAUCAAGCUUGAUGCCGGAAAUUACUAUGAUCGAAUCAUGUGCCUUCACUCUUCUUGAUACCUUCGACCAUCUCUUAGAAUAUUCCAAGGUUAAUAGUCGUGCCGGCGUCGGGAAAGGUGGAGACCAUUCCAUUCGUUCUGGUCACCAUGUUCAUAAUGGUGCAGUGGCCGUCGACUUAGAGCGUUUGGUUGAAGAUGUCAUCGAGACGGUCUCAGUGGGCCAUGACCAUGCUUCGCGACUCGUAUCCGGACUCAAUAAAGAGCGCCAGGAUACAUUAGCUGAUUCGCGAGAAACGACUUCAGCUGAGCCUGUCGUCCUCACUACACACUUCCAGAGACACUGCGAUUGGACAGUAGCCGUUGAGAAGGGCGCCUGGAAACGAAUUCUGCUCAAUGUCGUUAGCAACGCGUUGAAGUAUACCAGGUCCGGUUACAUCCAUGUAGACUUGGAAUUCGUGGAGGCCGCAGAUGGAGUGCAAGCUGCAGACGGCAGACAGGCUCACAUCUGUCUGUCUGUGACAGAUACGGGAGUGGGUAUGAGUGAGGACUUUCUCAAAUAUCAUCUCUUCACGCCCUUCACGCAAGAGAAUAUAUUGAGCCCAGGAACUGGUCUAGGAUUGAGCCUAGUGAAAAGCAUUGUAGAGUCACUACAGGGCAACAUCUCAGUCUCCAGUCGCUUGGGAGAGGGCACGAAGAUUACCAUCAACAUCCCAACCAGCCAAAAGAUACAGAGGCCGAGCCUACCAAGCACGCAGGAAAGCCUUCUGCGUGGAAAGACGGUCGGUCUGCUCAGUCUGUCCUCGCAUCGGGAUUCAAGCAAUAAAUCUUCCCCAUGCAUCGUUUCGCCACCCAAAGCACUUGAGCGUUCUAUUCGCAACAUUUGUGAGGGCCGCUUUGGCAUGAGCGUCAUCAAUGUUUCGAUAAUCGAACCUCCAACCAUGGAUAUAGUCCUCAUUGACACGCAUGCGCUGGACACGACGCAUGCUUACGAUUUGAAAACUCUGUUCCCUGUGUAUGCGGCAAGCGUCUGUCCAGUCGUGGUCGAACUGGGCAAUACCAAGGCUACACUUCACAAGAUCGGCACCUGGAGUUCCAUGCACACGAUGUUAAUUACAGGAAAGUCGCUCGGAUCUGCCAUAAUAUCAGCUCUGAAUGACGUGAAUGCCAAUGGAAUGGAAGCCCUAUUGCCACCUGCGGAAGUCGAACGCGAAGCCGAGACAGACCCAUCGGAGCAACUAGGUCAACACGAGACUUUUCAAAAAGCAGAUACGUGCAUGGAGACGGUGGCACUUCCGCAUCGUAGCCUACCGUCGCAGAACAAGUCACUUUCCGACGCUGUGACACUUCCUGCCCCUCAGCCGCAAUCAUCACCACAGCCAACUGUCCUUCUCAAGCCCAACCCUGCUUGUAGAUUUCACCGGCUACUCCUUGUGGAUGAUAACCCGAUAAACCUCAAAAUGUUAUGCGCCUUUGCCACACGCCUUCAUGUCCCCUACUCUAGCGCUACUGACGGCGCAGAAGCAGUACGUCUUUAUCAAACUGCUAUUGAACAACAAGGGCCACAAAUCGCGUAUGAUUGCAUCUUCAUGGACAUCAGCAUGCCAGUCAUGGACGGCUUUCAAGCCGUAUCCAAGAUUCGAAAAAUCGAAGAUGAUUUGAUGGAAAAAAUCAUGCAGUCACAUUCCAACGACGCGUCUGAGCAAACUCUAGACGGCGCCACUUGGGACAACAGAGGUGCGCCACGAGCGUACAUCUUCGCACUCACAGGUCUGGGUAGUGAGAAGGCGCGCAGACAAGCGAGGAGUAGCGGAUUUGAUGAGUUCUUACUUAAGCCGGUGAGAUUCAAGGACGUUUUACCGUUGUUAGCAUCGGUGCCGACACCAUGA